CUCCGCACUUGACACAAUAACAACGCAGUUUCCGUUUGCCGUACUCGAAAACAGAUUUGCUGAAUAAUAGUCGCCGUACUGUUAGCGCGGGACUAGGUGGAUCAUGUCUAAUUCAUCAGUGCGCCCUAUUCCCACGCUGAAGGGCAUCUUUUCGGUGCCGCGCGUUACACAGUCCCGAAACUUUCUCAAGGAAAACAAGGUAAGCCUACGUUCGCUGGAAAAGACGACUAGCGAAAAGUUGGCCGCCAAGCAGCCAGUGCGUCCAAGCUGGAUGCCUCCUCAGCUUCGGCGCUCAGUUUCUGAGGCGAGGGAGGGCAAGGAAUCAAAGACGGAAAGACCGCAGCGCAAGACCAAGACACAGGGAAACUCCCUGCAACAUGCCGCCACCACCUCUCGUUCACAGCACCAGCUGACUCUCGCCAUUCCGGGCGAGGGCGAGCGUUUCGAUGGUCUGGAGGAACGCGAUCCCCUCUUCUACGCUCCAUCGGAACGGGUGGAAGCAGAGAACCUUUUGGACUCGGCAUCCGAAGCGCCUUCAGAUCGUUGCCAAUCUUGCGGCACCCACCGGAGCUCCAACAGCAUUGCCAUUCAGACGGAGGACAUAACUGAUGAAAUAUACCUCACAAACGCUCUUAAAAAAUGCAAUUUCGAUGGAAGAUCCAUAAUAGAGGACACACGUUCAAAGAUUGAAGACAACUACAAACAACUGCAUUACGAGGACGAGGAAGAGUUGCAGCAGCUACCGUUAUCAGCCCGCUCGAACUCUUCGAAAAACAGCCGCUUCCACAUGUCUGAGGUUGAAGCACUACCCAUGCUCGAGAACGAACCCAAGAACUUUGGUGGCUCUGAUGAGGAAGGGCCACUAAGUGCCCGUAGCCGUUUUACAACGGCCUCCAAUGUCACAACAAUCACCAAUAAGUCUAAGCGUCGUGAACAUAAACUAGGGUCCCGAGACGAGGUGCGCCUGCCACGUUACUUGGAGAAGCAGAAACGUGAAAAGGCCGAGGCCAAGCAGCUUGCUGAUAUGCGGGAUCCAGACUGUCCCCGGGGCCAUGUAUUGCUUAGCGAUCAGGAUCGGUUGACCUACCUCAACAAUGCACAGAAGCGUUACGAAAGUCUCGUUAACGAGCUGAAUCACAUGCCCAUGACCGCACAAACCUUGCGCGUGCGCACCCGCAAGGCAGAGAUUGACAAGGAGCUUACUACAGUCGAGGAGCAAAUCCGGGUAUACUCAAAGGCGAAAGUCUAUGUGAUGGCCCACAAGUCUCGUCAGCUGUAAAGGACUAACCGACUCGUCCAAUCUUAAAGCAUUUUAUCGACUGAUUAAGCUAGGACACCACAAAUGACUUGCGUUAGUUAUAUAUUUUUUAGCCAGAGAGGGAAUGAAUGCAGAAUACAAAAAAAAAACUUGCACAUUCGGCUACUAGCGUUACAAAUUAAAAGAGCAGUCUAUCAAACUCA